GAUAGUUGACAAAGCACUCAGGUGCUUAAGUGAUUGUCAUUGUGGAAUAUUCAAAUAAACUUAUAAUAAUGUGCCGAUUUUGUGAAACAAUAGAUAUGACAGUGACCUAAGGUGAUAGAAUUUUGUUGAGGACAUUUAUGUGAAAAAAUGUGGCUAAAAUGAAGAUAAGAUGUGUCGUUUACAUUUUUGGAAGCAGUUAACUAUUUUAUGGAUGUUUCCAAUUUUAGGAGGUUGUUCGUACCAACUCUCCGUGCCGGGGGAGUACACAGCGCUGUCGGGAGACCUCCUUAUCUCCUAUGGCAUACCGGAAGGGAAUCAGCUCCCUAGCGCCUUCGUCCGCCUCUAUCUGUUGGGAGAGACGGCCAACGUCGAGAUAACCAACCUCCAAAUCGGCCAGGGGUACCCGCGCGGAGUUCUCAAGAUCACGUGCGGGAUCAUCGAGGUGGCGGGAAAAUAUGAGUUCCGAAUGUACAUGCACGAGGAAAGCCGCGUGCUAGUGCGCGCGCUCGUCGUUGUCCGCUGGCCGGAAGUGGCUAUUCGGCUGCCCCUCACCCAUGUUGCUCAAAGCACUUCCGUCCGUGUUCAUAUAUCUUCAGAUGCCGUGUGCAAUCCACUGUUAAAGAAGUUUAGUUUUUCUUUAGAACUGGAAUUCGCUAAAAACAGUUCUUCCAUUUCCGUUUCCGGAAAAGAUCACGUGACCUACUCUCAGUCAUUUACAGAAGUUGCUAAAGACGAUAACUUAAUAGAUUUCUCAUGUAAUUUAUUCGAACAAAUUGGAAUAUACCGUGUUUCAUUAACAUCUUCAUACAGUGCAAUAUCAGUGGUAGCUAGGAGUAACUCCAUGCUGGCAACUUCAAACCCGAAGUUUUUCAUCAGAAUAUACAAAGACACUAUUUUCCCGUGCAGCACGGGCAGUGAUUUAACCAUAGAUUACGGACUCGGGCAGUGUCCAAGCGCACCCGGAAGUAACCGGCUUCGCGUCUACAAACUUGUGCGUACGGCCGCCUCCAUGGCCUCGCCAAUCAACAAGAUGUACAUCCGGGAGAUAAUUUUGAACGCUGAUAGCACGCGGCUCAAUGAGCGAUGUAGUGGCUACCAUACCGAGGCGGCCGGAUAUUGUUUCCAACUGGUGACGCUCAUGGGUGGAGGUGUCGUCGUCAACCAAACGGAAGUGUGCAAGUCCGCACACCCAGAUUCAGUGUUACCUAUAGACGGUGGAUGGUCUCAAUGGAGUUCCUGGUCCAACUGCUCGAGCACGUGCGGCCACGGCGAGCGCACGCGCUACCGAAUGUGCGACUCCCCAACCCCCAACUUCGGUGGCGCCUUCUGCCAGGGAGAGAGCGUCCAGCGGCGACCGUGUAGCAACUUUUGUCCAGAUUCCAUCCCAUACACACCUCUGCAUGCCCCGCGGGUGAGCAUAGAAUGUGCCUGUGGAUGCCGGAUGUUAGGCGGCCAGGGUGAGGUGGUGGCUAGCGGCCGCUGCACCGGAAAUUCCGUGUGGAUUCUCUCCGCACCUGAAGGACACGUGAUCACUCUGUGGUUCACGUUUAUUGAUCUUUACGAGGGGCAGUGGGUCAAAGUCCGAAAUGGAGCCUCCUCAUCCGCGGACCUCUUGGCGUUCACGGACGGACGGACGAAGGUCGAGAGGGUCUCUACUUCCGAUCAUCAAAUGUUGGUGGAGUUUUACAGUCCACCAGGAGAGGACGGAGUGUCGGUCUAUUCUCAGAAAGCUACAAAGCCCAUACAUGUACAUGGCUUCAUCGCAAAGUUUGAAUCCAAUGAAUCCACAGCCGCUUCGGUUUCGCCGGUCGUCGUUGCUCCGGUUGUGAGCGAAGCCCCGCCGUCGAUUUGGGAAAGCACCGUCACCAUCGUCGGCAUUUCGUUGUGUGGCCUCGUCGUUGUCACCGCCAUCAUUUUCGUCAUUUACCAUCGCGCUUGCCAUAGUCGUUUGCAUAAAUACGCCAUGGCGGCUCACGAGGAAAGCCCACGGCGCAUGUGCAAGAGUACGAGCAUGCGCAGUACGCCUAGUCAUGAAAGCGGGAAUCAUGGGAUUGAAAUCGAGCACGACAUGGAAACGCCAUUGACUGGUAUGCCUCCGAAUAUUGAUAAUAAAAAGCGCGCAAAGACGCCCGGUGGUCAUUCCAAUAGAUCCAAAGGAUCAUUGGCUAGUGUUCAUUCACACCACGCUAAAACUUGUAAAGCGGAAGUUGAAAUUGACAGAGAAUUUCGCCGCCCUAGUGCAAUACAUUCACAUAGAGAUUAUAUGCAAGUGCCACAGGACGCUAGCCCCAGACGGACCCCUCGCAACCACGAGUUAGUUCAAGCUGGGGACCAUAAUAAUAUGAGUUUGUUUAAAACUAGUCCUCUUGUGAAAACAAAAGUGCCAAGAUCUCCCAAAAUCCAUCCAUCUCCUAAACUUAAAUCACAUAUUCAUUCACGGACUCAUUCGCCGUGUGACAAUAAUCAAAAAUCAUCAGUUCCGUUGAUACCAAAACGUUUAGACAGCUUAGGGUCAGACCCAAAUCAAAGGGUUGUAAUGGGGUCAGACUAUACGCCCACAAAUAGUGUUAAAUCUCCUCCGUCGGAUUCGUCAAAACACGAUUGUCCGACGCCGACUAACAUCAAUUUUAAUACAUUAAAUAAACCUCAUUCGCAUGGCGGUGGCACGCCUACGUCACACGAUAUCAAAUUAAAUCAACUUAAUCGAUUACCUGACGAUAGUGAAAGAAACGGCGCUUCUGGAAAGUCUGAUAACUCCACAAACGCCGACAAUAACGUUACGUCCCUCGCGACGACGUCGUUCAUAGAAAACAGCACCAAACCACGACGUCCGACGUCACUUACAGAGAGCUACAGUAAAAUGAGUCUGGCGUCAAUUCACAGCAAGGCAAGUGUAGAAGGUUCGAAAGAAAAGACUUCAGUGACGUCGAGUGACGACAGACAAAACAUCUUACCAAAACCAGACGGACAAAGCCCAAAGUCUCAGCGUCUGGAUUUAAUAAAGGUUAAAUCUCAUCCUUCGUCACCGUCCAAAACGUCAAAAACGUCAACGCCGUUAAGUGCAAAAAGCUUACGUAGUGAUCGGACUGACGUCAGUGGAACAACGAAAUCUCCGGCACGUAGUAUUAAUACGCCUUCUGACGUUAUAGAACUUGAAUAUGACGACUUCAUUGAUAUGGAUGAUACAUACUCAUAUUUCGAUCCCGUAGAAACGGAAAAGUUGACGUGGCAUGGCGUCGAACGUGUAAAAGGAAACACUCCCAAAUAAAAGUACAUCUAAAAAAAACAGAGUUAUAAUAUACAGUAAAAGAUAGGUCUGAGAAUUAUAGUUAAAGCUAGCUUUUCAAAAUCUUAGUUAAAGUGAGCUCUGCAAUGUCUUAGUAAAAGCUAGCUUUACAAAAUCUUAGUAAAAGUAAGCUCUGCAAUGUCUUAGUAAAAGCUAGCUUUACAAAAUCUUAGUAAAAGUAAGCUCUGCCAUGUCUUAGUAAAAGCUAGUUCUACAAAAUCUUAGUCAAGUAAGCCCUAUAAAAUCAAAGUAAAAGCUAGCUCUUCAUAAUCUUAGUAAAAGCUAGCUCUGUUAAAUUCUACUAAAAGCAAGUUCUACAAAAUCUUAGUAAAAGCUAGCUUUACAAAAUCAAAGCAAAAGCUAGCUCUACAAAAUCUUAGUAAAAGUGAGUUUUACAAAAGUUAUUAAUAAAGUAAAAGUUUGACCUACAAAAUAUAUUUUUAUUAAGUCUUGUGUUCUUUUUCUAUUUUUGUUUUUUGUUCGUAAAGAGCCUGGAAAUUAUUAUUUUAAUGAAAAUACAUAAUUUAUUUAUAGUUUCUUUAAUAUUUAUCAUGAUUAUACACCAUCAUAAGCAAUCUGAACACCUCGGCCAUUAUCCAAUAGUCUCGAAGCUUGCCGGAGAUUGCCGAGUUGUUACGAUUAAAUCACAGGUUGUAUCCAUUUAAUACGUCAUUUCCGGUGAUCUCUAAAAUGUCAAGUUAGUGUCUUCGUUACUUAUUUAUCAUAUAUUGUGAAACUUGUUGUUUUAAAUAAAUGUUGAAAACA